AUGGCCGCCGUGGCCGCGAGCAUGCCCAGCUUCGGCCUCGGCGGCCCGGGCGCGAAGGGCGGCGGGCUCCCGGGGAUGCUCGGCGGGCUCUCGCUGCCCGGCCUGCCGCCCCCCGGGGCCGACCCGAAGGCUGCUGCCAUGGCGAUGCUGGCCAAGGCUGGGGCUGGUGGUCCGCCGGGGCUCGCGGCCAUGCCCCAGGUGGUCAUGCCGAAGUCGGCGAUGGCGGCCGGCUCCACGCCGAAGGGCGGCGGCGUGCCCGCCCCGUGA